AUGCGAACUUCCGAGAGCUGGGAGGUGUCAUCUGGGUCAUCGAUGUGCAAGACGACUACCUCAGCUCAAUCAACUCGCUCGUGCACACAGCCGGCUUUCUCGCGGAGAAUUACCCUCGAGUGCACUUCGAAGUAUUCAUCCACAAGACCGACGGCUUGAGCGAGGAGGAAGUCCGACAGCGCGUGCAAGACGAGCUUUCCGACGUCGGUUUCGGCCACCGCGAAGUGGCUUUCCAUCAGACCAGCAUCUUCGACCACUCGAUCUACGAGGCGAUCAGCAAAGUCGUGCAAAGACUACUGCCUCAAUUGCCAGCACUCGAAGCACUCCUCAACAGGCUUUGCUCAACGUGCGGGAUGCAAAAGGCGUAUCUGUUCGACACCGUGAGCAAAAUCUACGUCGCCACCGAUGCCAGCCCUACUUUCUUGAAAGACUACGAAGUGUGCUCCGACUACGUCGAUGUGAUAGUCGACAUCAAAGCGCUGUAUGGAUGGGAAA